AAAUGUUAGGUGGGGAUGGGGAUGGGAUGGGAAGCCCAACAUCCGCCCCGCCCCAUUGAAAUCCGACUGUUAAUCGGAUGUACAAUUGGUGCAGUGUCCUCACCUCAUUCUCACUGCCUCGACCUGUUUCCCUUACCACCUCCGCCAGCGCAACCCCUUUCGCGCGCCACCGACGCUGCAUUCCCAACACUCGUUGCUGCUACUGCUACUGCUACUGCUACUGCUGCUACCCCCUCAUCCUAUCCCCCAUUAUCAUCAUCUCCUACAAUUCCAACCCUAAUUCUCCUGAUUUGCUUUCCAAUUCCGCCAUUAAUGCCGGGUGUAAUGGCAUCCAUGGAACCAGUCGAACGACAGUCAUUGAAGAAGCUCACUUUCAAAUCCCUUAAACGCGCUCUUGAUGUCUUCGCUCCUCUUCAUUCUCAAUUCCCUCCUCCCGAUUCUGAAAGUAAAAAAAUGCGGUUGAGCCAUAAGAUUAGUUUAGAAUAUGGAGGAAUUAAACCUACAUUAGCUCAGCCUCAGCCUGCUAAGCAGAAGUCGUCUGCUCCAUCUGAUCCCCUUGCUCUUCCUGCUCCGGAAGAUGGACAAAGAGGAGGUGCUCAUAAUGCUCUAGUAGUAGCUCCAGCUGCUCAGUCGAGACAGACUGAAGUUGGUCCUAGUAAAAGCAAUGCACUUAUCUCGACUCCCAGUUCUUCUGAAAGGUUUUCAACGUCUGCGCUUAUGGAGAGAAUUCCAAGUAGAUGGCCAAGGCCUAAGUGGCGUGCUCCAUGGAAGAACUACAGGGUGAUUAGUGGCCACUUGGGAUGGGUGAGAUCGGUUGCCUUUGAUCCAAGUAACAGUUGGUUUUGCACCGGUUCAGCUGAUCGUACUAUUAAGAUUUGGGACGUAGCAAGUGGGCGAUUGAAACUUACUCUUACUGGACAUAUUGAACAAGUCAGAGGGCUUGCUGUUAGCCAGAGGCAUACCUAUAUGUUCUCUGCUGGUGAUGAUAAAAUGGUGAAGUGCUGGGAUCUCGAGCAGAAUAAGGUCAUUCGCUCUUAUCAUGGCCACUUAAGUGGAGUUUACUGCUUGGCUCUUCAUCCCACUCUUGAUGUAUUGCUUACCGGAGGCCGUGAUUCAGUUUGCCGUGUUUGGGACAUUCGUAGCAAAACACAAAUCUUUGCUUUGUCAGGGCAUGAAAACACUGUCUGUUCUGUGUUCACUCGACCAACGGAUCCUCAAGUGGUGACGGGUUCACAUGAUUCAACCAUAAAAUUUUGGGACUUGAGACAUGCAGGAAAAACAAUGACAACACUCACGCAUCAUAAGAAGUCUGUACGAGCAAUGGCGUUGCAUCCUAAAGAGAAUAUGUUUGCAUCUGCCUCUGCUGACAACAUAAAGAAGUUUACCCUCCCAAAAGGAGAGUUUAUGCAUAACAUGCUGUCUCAGCAAAAAACAAUUAUCAAUGCAAUGGCUGUCAACGAGGAAGGAGUCUUGGCUACAGCAGGUGAUAAUGGUAGCCUUUGGUUUUGGGACUGGACAAGUGGUCAUAACUUUCAGCAAGCUCAAACUAUUGUGCAACCUGGUUCACUGGACAGCGAGGCUGGUAUCUAUGCACUCUCCUAUGAUCUCACUGGUUCAAGGAUGGUAACUUGUGAAGCUGACAAGACUAUCAAAAUGUGGAAAGAGGAUGAGACUGCUACCCCUGAAACCCAUCCUCUCAACUUCAAGCCACCUAAAGACAUUAGACGAUUCUGAUUGCAGUGACUGCUAUAUACUUAAACUUGAAUCAUUAGGACAUCUGUAAGUUUUAUACUUCAUAGCUUAUUGUGGAUGAUUGUUGAAGUUAUUGUUAGAUGGGUAAGAAGCCAAUAUGCCAAAUAGGGUAGGUCGGAGGGGAAUUAUUUUUGUGAGUUCCUUUUACAUCAAAAGCUGAAUUGACGGUAAUAUGCAAGUUUCAUGCUUUCUAGAAUUUUCUCAGGAGAGAUGAGACACUUAGAUAUUUGCCGACAUUUUUAUAUUUUCCUGCUUCUCUUUAGCUGGUUUUUUUUUAAACCUGUGUAACACAAGAUACAGCGUACGACUUCAUUGAUAAUUAUGACUAGCUAGUAAAUAGGUUUUUCCCUCCAGUAAUGCAUUAUGAUUUCUGAUUGGUGAUCU